CAUACCUGGUUGGACAUCGAGCAGAGUCCUGUUUGUUCUCUGNGAAGAGGGCACACAAGAGGUGACCUCAAGAAUCUAAAUAGGGGGCUAAGUGGUGAGGCAGAGAGAGCUGAGGCAGGAGAGAUCAGAGCCNGGAGGCUGCCAAAAUCAGCUUCUGAGUUGGUUUCUCAUUCUUGGCAAAACAGUCCCUCAGUUCUAGGGGGAUCCUUAAAUCAUGAAGCUCAUUACUACACUGCUCCUCUGCUCCGGACUCCUGCUGAGUUUAACUCAAGGAGAAGAUGCACAGGAAAUUGACUGCAAUGAUGAGACUGUAUUUCAGGCUGUGGAUUUCGCUCUGAAGCAGUUUAACCCUGGGGUAAAAAGUGGCAACCAGUAUAUGUUGCACCGAGUGAUGGAGGGCACUAAAACGGAUGGCUCUCCAACCUUUUAUUCCUUCAAGUAUCUAAUCAAGGAGGGCAACUGCUCUGCUCAAAGUGGCCUCGCCUGGCAGGACUGUGACUUCAAGGACGCCGAGGAAGCCGCCACUGGAGAAUGCACAGCAACUGUGGAGAAGAGAGAAAAUGAGUUUUUCAUAGUCACCCAGACCUGCAAGAUUACUCCAGGUAAGGGCCCCAUACUGAAAGACAAUUUCCCCUGUAUUGGUUGUGUGCACGCCAUAUCGACAGAUAGUCCAGACCUGGAGCCUGUUCUGAAACACUCCAUCGAACAUUUCAACAACAACACAGAUCACAGCCACCUCUUUACUCUCAGAAAAGUAAAAAGUGCCCACAGACAGGUGGUGGCUGGCCUGAAUUUUGACAUUACCUACACAGUUGUGCAAACAAAUUGUUCAAAGGAGCGUUUUCCUUCCCUCCGUGGAGACUGCGUGGCCCUUCCCAAUGGUGAUGAUGGUGAAUGUAGAGGAAAUCUCUUCGUGGAUAUUAAUAACAAAAUUGCCAACUUCUCGCAGAGCUGUACCUUUUAUUCAGAACACUUGUUAGAACCACUUUCCAAGAAAUGUGCUGGCUGCCCCAAGGACAUACCUGUAGACAGUCCGGAGCUAAAGGAGGCACUUGGUCAUUCCAUUGCACAGCUUAAUGCAGAGAAUAGUCAUACUUUCUAUUUCAAGAUUGACACCGUGAAAAAAGCAACAUCACAGGUGGUAGCAGGAACUAAUUACGUUAUUGAGUUCAUAGCCAGAGAAACCAAAUGUUCCAAGGAAAGUAACACAGAGCUGACAGAAGAUUGUGAGAUCAAGCACCUUGGACAAAGUCUCAACUGCAAUGCUAACGUGUACAUGAGACCAUGGGAGAACAAAGUCGUCCCGACUGUGAAAUGCCAAGCAUUAGAUAUGACUGAAAUGUUAAGAAGGCCUCCAGGUUUUUCUCCUUUCCGGAGUGUCACAGUCCAAGAAACAAAAGAAGGAAGAACUGUAAGUCCACCCUACAUUGCCAGGGAGCAAGAAGAGAGGGAUGCAGAAUCUGAACAAGGACCCACACAUGGGCAUGGCUGGUUGCAUGAAAAGCAAAUCAAGGCUAAGAAUCACCAUGGUCAUAAGCAUGGGUAUGACCAUGGCCAUUGGUCCCCAUGGAGGCAUGGCCUUGGCCAUGGACACCAGAAACCACAUGGCCUUGGUCAUGGACAUCAACUUAAACUUGAUUAUCUUAGACACCAAAGGGAAGAUGGUGAUGACCAUAAACACACAGUGGGACAUGGUCAUGGUCACGGACAUGGUCAUGGUCAUGGUCAUGGUCAUGGACAUGGUCAUGGUCAUGGACAUGGUCAUGGUAAGCAUAAAAAUAAAGACAAAAACAGUGUAAAGCAGACUACCCAGAGAACAGAGCCUUUGGCAAGCUCUUCUGAAUACAGUACUACAUCUACACAGAUACAGGGGAGGACAGAAGGACCCACCUUGACCCCUCCCCGAGCCCAGCCAACUGUUACCUCUUCUGGUUUUCAGGACUCAGAUUUCAUUGAAGAUGUGGUAGCUACCACCCCACCAUAUGACACUGGGGCCCAAGAUGAUUUGAUCCCUGAUAUCCAUGUACAGCCAGAUAGCCUUUCAUUUAAGCUGAUAUCUGAUUUUCCAGAAGCAACUUCCCACAAAUGUCCUGGGCGCCCAUGGAAGCCAGCUAGCUGGAAGGAUCCAAACACAGAAACAACAGAAUUUUCUGAUUUUGAUCUCCUUGAUGCUCUUUCUUAACUUACACAGCCUAGGUAGCUUCACAAAUGCUCUCCCAGCCUCUCUUCCUACUGCCCAAGCACAAACAUUGUGACCUAAGUCAUCCAGCCAUGGUGAUCAGAACAGCCUGUCAAUGGGACUUUAUCCCAUUUAUUUAUUUAUGUGGACUGAUCGAUAAUAAAGCUGCCAUCAUUCUGAA